AUGAUCCAUCUCCUCCCUCUUGCCUCCCUUCUUUUCGCUUCAUUUAUCGUCUUUGCUACCGCCAAUUUCUUCUGGGCUUCACGUCAACAUGCCAGAAGAGCGAAGCAUCUGGGGUGCCAGCCGCCCCACAAGCACGCCUACAAACUCCUCUUCGGCCUAGACACUAUGAUGAGAAUGAUCCAAGCCGACAAACGACACCAGGUCCCACAAGAAGCGGUCAAGAUCUACAAGGAGGGUGGAUGUCCUACGUUCGUGCUGAGGAUGCCAGGUUCAACCAACAUCACCACUCAUGACCCGAAGAACAUCCAAGCUGUUCUUGCUACACAAUUCCACGACUUUGAACUCGGUCCCCGAAGGAGGAACAACUUCUUUCCCAUGCUGGGGGUGGGCAUCUUCACUGCGGACGGCAAAACAUGGGAGCACUCACGGGCCAUUUUAAGACCACAGUUUGCCCGCGAGCAAGUCGCCGACCUGGUCUCCGAAGAAAGACACGUACAAACAUUAUUAAAGCAUCUUCCUGUAGAUGCGUCGGGAUGGACAGCCCCAACAGACCUCGCGCCGAUUUUCUUCCGACUGACCAUUGACACUGCGACAGAAUUUCUCUUCGGAGACAGCAUCAACUCUCAAGAAGCAGCACUAGCUCAGGAUAUGUCUCUCAUGGGACCAGUGGCUUUCAACCACACCAACGUGGCCGAGUCCUUCGACUAUGGAAUAUCCUGCUUGGGCACCCGGGCCAGGUUGGCCACUCUGUACUGGCUAUACAAUCCACCCUCGUUUCGCAAAGCUAUUCGGGAAGUCCAUGAUUUCGCCGACUACUGUAUUGAACGAGCCGCGAUACCGGAUGCGUCGAACAAAGAGAAAGAUGGCCGCUACAUUUUUCUGAAGGAGCUGUUGAAAGUCACAGAUAACAGAGUCGAUCUCCGCAGUCAAUUACUCAAUAUUCUUCUUGCCGGACGAGACACUACUGCCGGACUCUUGGGUUGGACCUUCUGGGAACUCGCCCGUCAUCCUCAGGUAUUCCACAGACUCCGAGCCAGCAUCCUCGAGACGUUCGGCCCGUACGACUCGCACGACAAAAUCACCUUCGCCGCGCUCAAGUCGUGUACGUAUCUUCAGCAUGUCAUGAACGAAACCCUCCGAUUGUAUCCUUCAGUCCCGCUGAAUGCCCGCCAAGCCACCAGGGACACGACGCUUCCCCGAGGUGGUGGCCCUGAUGGGAUGAGUCCUGUAUACGUCCGGCGCGGCCAAGAGGUGGUGUAUUCUGUGUACGUGAUGCACAGACGUCGGGAUAUCUGGGGCCCCGAUGCCGACAAGUUCAUCCCGGAGCGCUGGGCCGGCCGCAAACACGGCUGGGAGUAUAUCCCUUUCAACGGCGGUCCACGUAUGUGCCUCGGCCAGCAGUUUGCCCUGACCGAGGCCGGCUAUGUCAUCUGCCGCCUACUGCAGCGGUUUGACGCUAUUGAGAAACUUGACGACUCUGACGCAGAGCUGCAUGACUAUAGUCUCACCACAGCUCCAGUGAGUGUGAAUGUCAGACUCCAUCAAGCUGCUUAA